AGAAACGACAACCAAUCACAACAAACAUCGAGAAACAGCGUGUUGCCGUCUGCCUCCCCUUCAAUUCACGUCAAUAUGUUCGGUGUCAAACACAAUGAGUGUGUAGGCUUCGAGUCCCGAUGGUCUGUCAAAAAAGUAUAUUAUGAAGGUAACACUCAAACUCCUCUUUACGUAUCAAAAGAUGCUACUACAAAUCCCGUCGCAAGCAAAGAAGUGGAGGUGCAGACAGACCCACCCCAAGCUCUGAAAAACGUCCAUGUAGAUGUGGACAGAUUGGCAGGUUUCCUGACAAAGAUGUAUCCAAAAGUGAAGAGGGAGUUGGAUGAUGUUAUUACCUCCAGAGCGUUUGACAACUAUAAUCUGCAAGGUGAACAAGUGGAUGUGACUAUGAAGCUUUCACAAUUAAUAGAAAUUAUACCGCAGGAUAAAUCAAUGGAAGCAGCUAAUGUCGCAAAAUUAUCCUCGUUUUCUUGGAAUUGCAGCGCGAAAACUAUAGCGGUAUCUUUGAGCUAUUCCCACCAAUCAUGGUGCUACGAUCCUGGACUUAUCUUAUUGUAUACCUUCGACCGAGAAGACAAACUACCAAGUCAACCAACAAAGAAGAUCAACUGUGAUUCCUGUGUCUCCCAAAUACAAUUCCAUCCUUCUGUUGCAUCGAUUUUAGCAGGAAUUACACACUCCAGUGCAAUAUUUCUUUGGAACGUACAGAAUAACGAAGAUGAGACAGUUUUGAUUAAGAUAAGCAGAACUGACAACUUGUCGUGUUUGAAUUGGAUGUCUUUGGAUUAUAUUACUAUGGAUAUUAUCUUUUUGGUUACGGCAGGUCUUGAUGGUACCAUCACCAUGUGGAGGUUCAACACUUCCUAUUCCUGUGCAAACGUCUAUAACAAGUACCAAAUCAAAGCUCCCUUCAUGACGAAGAGUAAGAAUAAGCAACAUAAAUCAAAGAAGAAGCAGAAUGUUGUGGAGAAUGUGGUCGGAGUGACAUGUUUCGCCUUUUCUAAACAUCUACCAGAUAUGUUCGUUGUAGGAACAGAGGGAGGUUUAGUCGUUCAAUGUUCUACCUCAAAUCCCACCAAGCUUAAGGGAGGAACUGAGAUAGAUCCUUUAUACGACCCGGUAUAUCAGUACUACCAACCGCACGAGAGCAGUUUGGUAUCUAUCCAAUUUUCUAAGGUCAAAAAAGACGUUUUUCUUACUUCUGGAAGUGACUGCCAGACUAGGAUUUAUGUGAUCGGCCAGGAGGAACCCGCUAGAGUUAUUUUCGAUAAUAAUUCCAUUAAUAUACUUUACUGGGUACCGAACGAGAAGCAUUUGGUGUUUGGGUAUAGUGCUAAAGGUAAGCUAGAGGUUUUCAACGUGAUAACUGGUAAACAAUUGAAGCUAGAUGAUGAUGAUGAUGACAAGCAGGUGGAAAAAACUACCAACAUGGGUGCGUCUUGUUUUUUAAAUCCAUAUAAGUCCAAUAUGGUUGCAGUUGGAUUGAAGAAAGGUGUUUUGGAGUUGUGGACAGUACCAUGGAGUACUUUCAGUAAGAUGAAAUCUUGAAGCAGUGAAAGAUGUAUUUUAACAAUUUUAUAUCUCCUUUUAGAUAUACUUUGUAUGCAAUAAAUAUUUUUCAAAUAAAUAAUUUAUUUCGAAA